AUGCCGUUUCCCCUGGUCCUGUUCCUGCUGCUGGUCACCCACGGGACUAAUGGUCAGGAGCCCGAGGACUCGGAGGCUCUCCCGCCUGGCUGCGGUUGGGGCCUGGGGCGACCCUACACCCUCCUCUGUGACCUGAAUGCCGUGUGGGGCGUGGCGGUGGAGAGCGUGGCAGCAGGCGGAACGCUGGUGGCCAUUCUGCUGGCCUUGGUGCUGCUGUGCCGCCUGCGCCACAUUGGCGAGGCAGAAAAGCGCAGCGCCGUGGGGCCCCUCCUGCUGCUACUCCUGGGCGCGGCGGGCUUGUUCGGCCUUAGUUUUGCCUACCUGAUCGAGCAGGACGAGUCGCUGUGUCUGCUGCGGCGAGCCCUGUGGGGUCUCCUGUUUGCGCUGUGCUUCUCCUGCUUGCUGGUACAGGGGGUGCGCCUGCGCCGGGUAGGCCGAGAGCACCGCAGCCCCGGAGGCUGCGCCUUGACCGGCCUGGCGUUGGGUCUGAGCGCCGUACAGGGCAUCAUCGCUGCCGAGUGGCUCUUGCUGACGGUGCUGAGGGAAGGUCGGGCCGCCUGUCAGUACCUCCCCAUGGACUUCUCGCUGGCCUGCAGCUACGUGCUGGCCCUGCUGCUGGCCGCUUCCACGGCAGCCGCCCUUGCCCUGUGUGGCAAGACACGACAGUGGCGCUGCAAUGCCAUCUGGCUGCUGGUCACCUGCCUGCUGUCGCUGCUGCUGUGGGUGGCCUGGGUGGGCUUUUACCUCUACGGCAACGCUUGGCUGGGGAAGUCGCCGGAAUGGAACGAGCCGGCACUGGCCGUGGCUCUAGUGGCCCAGGGUUGGAUUCUUCUGGUCUUCCACGCAAUCCCCGAGGCGCACCUGUGCAUGAAGCCGCCACCGCAGCCUACGGCCCCAGACUACUUUGACACAUCGCAAAGCUCCACGCGGAUGAGGGAGACCAGCUUCGAUGAAGACAUUCCGCUCUCUCACAGGCAGUUCGUGGAGAACCAAGGCUAUGGAUACAAUGAUGAGAACACUGCAGGCCUGAGAAGGAGCGGUGGCGACGGCCCACACAACAGCAGCACGGGCGCCAGGCCCAGCGCACCCUUCCGCAGCAACGUCUACCAGCCCACCGAGAUGACCAUGAUUCUGAACGGGGGAGCGGUUCCAUCAGCCCCGCCCACCUACACGGGAAGGCAGCUGUGGUGA